AUAUUCAUAUUCCGUCAAAUAUUUUACUCUCUUUUUCAUAUUAUUAUUAUUUUCAUCACUUUUUAUUUCUUGAUUAACGAUUUUUAAUUUCAUCUUCUUGUUGUUGGGAAGAAAAGUUUGAAUAGUGUUGUUUGUUUGUUGUGAAGAAUGGGUUCCAUAAGAGGAGUGAAGAAGAGAAAGAAGAAUGAUAAUAAAGAUGUCAUUGCUAUACAAUCCCCAUUCUACCCUCAACUUCAUCAACCUCACCCUCAACCUCAACCUUUUGAUUGGUGGUAUCACUUCUCCAACAGAAUCACUGGACCUUUAGCUAAAUCCAAGGAUAUAGAGAAAUUCGAAUCAGUUUUCAAGAUCUCAAGAAAGACAUUCAACUAUAUAUGUUCUCUCGUGGAAAAAGAUAUGCUGGCCAGAUCCUCAGGCUGUGUUGACUUGAAUGGCAAACGUUUAUCUUUGAAUGAUCAAGUAGCCGUUGCUAUCAGAAGGCUUAGCUCUGGCGAGUCAUUGUCAACCAUUGGGGACUCAUUUCGGAUCAACCAGUCAACUGUUUCACAGAUAACAUGGCGGUUUGUGGAAGCAAUGGAAGUGAGAGGUCUCUGCCAUCUUAGCUGGCCUUCAACUGAAAUGGAAAUGGAAGUGAUAAAGUCCAAGUUCGAGAACAUUCGGGGCCUUUCUAAUUGCUGCGGCGCAGUUGAUAGUACACACAUAAUGAUGACUUUGCCAACUGUAGACCCCGAGAGUAGUGUAUGGCUUGAUCGUGAGAAGAAUUGUAGCAUGGUUUUGCAAGCCAUUGUGGAUCCGGAUUUGAGAUUCCGCGACAUAGUUACUGGAUGGCCUGGAAGUGUGAGUGAUGACCAUGUUCUUCGAAGCUCUUCGUUUUAUAAACUUACUGAAGAAGGAAAGAGGUUAAACGGGGGUAAGAAAAUACUUUCGGGCGGAACAAUGUUGCGGGAAUAUAUAGUUGGGGAUACAGGGUUUCCUCUUUUGCCAUGGCUUCUCACUCCUUAUCGAGUUGGGGGCCUCUCUGAUUCUCAGGUUGAGUUUAACAAAAGGGUUGCUGCAACACAAAUGGUGGCGAAGAGGGCAUUGGCAAGGUUGAAGGAAAUGUGGAAGAUUAUCGGAGGAGUGAUGUGGAAGCCUGAUAAGCACAAGUUACCGAGAAUGAUUCUUGUUUGCUGCAUAUUACAUAAUAUAGUUAUCCAUUUGGAGGAUGAAGUGCAGGACAAUAUGCCCUUGAUCCGCCAUCAUGAUUCGGGAUAUCAAGAUCAAAUUUGUGAUUUAGCCGACGAUACUGCCUGCGCUACGAGAGAGAAGCUUUCUCUCUACUUAUCAGGCAAACUGUCAACUUGAAAGAUAAUUUUCUUUUAUGAUUGUUACAAUUUAUUUGGAGUUGUGUUAAAAUGGAUUUUUACUCCUAUCUUCAUGUUGGUCACCAACUUUGACACAAAUAAAUAUAAAUCAUUUUGGUUGAGUUCAA